GGUUGUUGCUGCCGGAGUUCUUGGCGCUGACGCUCCCGCCGAGGGAGGGACCGAGCUGCCACGCCGCGCGUCCGCACCUCCCGUGACAUCAGUCCACGCUGCAGAGCCCACGGAGCACCCGGGAGCCGCUGUGCCGCAGAGACCCGCUUUGUGAAAGUUUCUCUGAACUUCUGCGGAGCCGCGGGCGCUUUUGUUUCCAUGCAGAACCCGGCAGCGCGUCCGAGGAGCCGCCGCGCAGACGCAGCUGCAGCGUGAGGCGCUGACAGCCGUUCUCUCUGCGCUCCUGCUGCCGAGUCCACAGCCAUCUGACCCGGGGCGGACCCUGGUGGACUGACCGGCCCGGAGCAGGGGUCCCUUCCCCGGCUCCACCUGCAGGGUCUCCCCGCCGCUGGACGCGUCUCGCAUCGGCAGGAUGUCGGACUCUGCCUCCAGCUUCCUCCACAUCGGAGACAUCGUGUCUCUGUAUGCGGAGGGAUCCGUGAACGGCUUCAUCAGCACGCUGGGGUUAGUCGACGACCGAUGCGUGGUGGAACCAGCAGCCGGAGAUUUGGAGAACCCUCCAAAGAAGUUCAGAGACUGCCUCUUCAAGGUGUGUCCCAUGAGCCGCUACUCGGCCCAGAAGCAGUACUGGAAGGCCAAGCAGGCCAAGCAUGAGAAGGACAAGAUCGGCGACGUGGUUCUGCUGCAGAAGCUGCAGCACGCGUCCAACCUGGAGCAGAAGCAGAACGAGACGGAGAACAAGAAGGUCCACGGAGACGUGGUCAAAUACGGCACCGUCCUACAGCUGCUCCACAUGAAGAGCAACAAAUACCUGACGGUGAACAAGCGUCUGCCGGCUCUGCUGGAGAAGAACGCCAUGAGGGUCACGCUGGACGGGACGGGGAACGAAGGCUCCUGGCUCUUCAUCCAGCCGUUCUGGAAGCUCCGCGCCAACGGAGACAACGUGGUUGUGGGAGAUAAGGUCAUCCUGAACCCGGUGAACGCCGGCCAGCCGCUGCACGCCUCCAACUACGAGCUGAGCGACCAUCCAGGAUGUAAAGAGGUGAACUCUGUGAACUGCAACACCAGCUGGAAGAUCAACCUGUUCAUGAUGUUCAGCGACCACAGAGAGGAGGUCCUGAAAGGAGGUGAUGUGGUGCGUUUGUUCCACGCCGAGCAGGAAAAGUUUCUGACCUGCGACGAGUACAAAAGCAAGCUGCACGUUUUUCUGCGAACGACGCUGAGGCAGUCGGCGACGUCCGCCACCAGCUCCAACGCGCUGUGGGAGGUCGAGGUCGUCCAUCAUGACCCCUGCCGUGGGGGGGCGGGGCACUGGAACAGCCUCUACAGAUUCAAACACCUGGCGACAGGAAACUACCUGGCGGCAGAGGAGAACCCGGCUUAUAAAGGAGACGCUGCUGACCUCUCGGCCUCGAUGGACAAGAGCCGGAUCAGCAAGCGUUCCCUCGGCGAGCGGAUCAAGUUCAAGCUGAUGGUGGUGCCUCACGGAAACGACAUCGCCUCGCUGUUCGAGCUCGACCCGACCACGCUGCAGAAGACCGACUCCUUCGUCCCGCGAAACUCUUACGUCCGGCUCAGACAUCUCUGCACCAACACCUGGAUCCACAGCACCAACGUUCCCAUCGACAUCGACGAGGAGCGGCCCAUCCGACUCAUGCUGGGGACGUGUCCCACCAAAGAGGACAAGGAGGCGUUCGCCAUCGUCUCCGUUCCCGUCAUGGAGAUCCGAGAUCUGGACUUCGCCAACGACGCCAGCGCCAUGCUGGCGACCGUGGUGGAGCAGUUCAGCUCCGGCUUCAUCAGCCAGAACGACCGCAGGUUCGCCAUCAAGCUGCUGGAGGACGUGGUUUUCUUCGUGGCAGACGUCGCCAACAGCGGCCAGCCGGUUCUGGACGUGGUCAUGACCAAACCCAACCGAGAGCGGCAGAAACUGAUGAGAGAGCAGAACAUCCUGAAACAGAUCUUCGGCAUCCUGAAGGCUCCCUUCAAGGACCGAGGGGAAGGUGAGGGCGCUCUGCUGCAGCUGGAGGAGCUGGUCGACCAGAAGAACGCGCCGUACCAGUACAUGUUGCGCCUCUGCUACCGGGUCCUGCGACACUCACAGGACGACUACCGCAAGAACCAGGAGCACAUAGCCAAGCAGUUUGGCGUGAUGCAGAGUCAGAUCGGCUACGACAUCCUGGCCGAGGACACCAUCACCGCCCUCCUGCACAACAACCGCAAACUGCUGGAGAAACACAUCACCAAGACCGAGGUGGAGACCUUCGUCAGCCUGGUGCGCAAGAACCGGGAGCCCAGGUUUCUGGACUACCUCUCUGAUCUGUGUGUGUCCAACAACGUUGCCAUCCCCGUCACCCAGGAGCUGAUCUGUAAAUGUGUGCUGGAUCCCAAGAACCAGGACAUCCUCAUCAAGACAGAGCGACGUGUGCCCAAAGAGGCGCCCCCUGGAGUCGUUGGGGGAGAAUACCUGGGGAUGGACGACUAUGGAGACGAGGAUGAGGUCUGGCUGAUGUGGAUGGAUAAAAACUCUGAGAAACAGGAGAAGAGCAUCAGACAGCUCGCCCAGGAAGCCAGACAAGGGAAUGCUCACGAUGAAAACGUCCUCACCUACUACAGGUACCAGCUGAAGCUCUUUGCUCGGAUGUGUCUGGACCGCCAGUACCUGGCCAUAGACGAGAUCUCCAAGCAGCUGGACGUGGAACUCAUCUUCCUCUGCAUGAUGGACGAGACACUGCCCUUUGACCUCCGGGCUUCUUUCUGCCGCCUCAUGCUGCACGCCCAUGUGGACCGAGACCCUCAGGAGCUCGUCACCCCGGUGAAGUUCGCACGACUCUGGACUGAGAUACCGACCUCCAUCACCAUCAAAGAUUAUGAUUCAAAUCUGGAUGACAGCAGAGACAACAAGAAGAACCGUUUUGCCAACACCAUGGUCUUCAUGGAAGAGUAUCUGAACAACGUCCUGAACGACGACCUGCCUUUCCACAACGAGGAAAAAAACAAACUCACAUAUGAGGUGGUGAGUUUAGCCAGGCAUUUAAUCUACUUUGGCUUCUACAGUUUCUUUGAGCUGCUCAGACUGACCAGGACUCUGCUUGGCAUCAUCGACUGCAGACCAAAUCCUGCACACACCACCCUGCCGUUUCAGGAGGAGGGCUCAGGGAGGAACGUACGGCGCACCAUACAUGGGAUGGGCCAGAUGAUGUCCACCAUGGUCCUCAACCGAAGACAGUCCACGUUUGGAGGGUCUGGGCCGAGGGGGGCAGGGUUUGCUCUGGAGGGACAGCGAGGCAGUAAAGAUAGCAUCGAUAACUUGGAUCUGACCGUGAUGGACACCAAACUAAAGAUCCUGGAGAUACUGCAGUUCAUCCUGAACGUUCGCCUGGACUAUCGUAUCUCCUUCCUGCUGUCCGUCUUCAAAAAGGAGUUUGUGGACGUUUAUCCCAUGGGCGAAGCGGACGCCACCACUAACAUGGAGCAAGCAGCGGCCAUAAACCUGCCGCAGAUUGGAGACCAAGCCGAGGCGAUGUUUGGAGUCGGGAAGGUGAACAGCAUCCUGGAGGUGGACGAUGAAGGCGGCCGGAUGUUCCUGCGCGUCUUGAUCCAUCUGACGAUGCAUAACUACGCUCCCCUGGUGUCCGGAGCGCUGCAGCUGCUCUUCAGGCACUUCAGCCAGAGGCAGGAAGUGCUGCACACCUUCAAACAGGUCCAGCUGCUGAUCUCCGCUCAGGAUGUGGAAAACUAUAAACUGAUCAAGGCAGACCUGGACCGCCUGCGGACGCUGGUGGAGAAGUCUGAGCUGUGGGUGGAGAAAAAGAGCUCAGGUGGAGAGGGCAAGAAAGACAAGAAAGACAAGAAGGAGAAAGGGGAGGGGGCAUCAGUGGAGCCGUCGCCAAAGAAACAGAAGCCGCAGAAAGGUAACGAGAGCUACCAGAAUGUCAAAGAGAUCCUGGAGAGGCUGAACAGGAUGUGCAGCACUGGAGUUUGGAAGAAGCAGCAGCGGUUGCUGAAGAACAUGGGAGCUCAUAAAGUCAUGCUGGACCUGCUGCAGGUGUCCUACGACAAGAGUGACGUGAAGAUGCAGGAGAUCAUCAAAUACACUCACAUGUUUCUGCAGAAGUUCUGCAUGGGGAACCAGGAGAACCAAGCUCUGCUGCACAAGAACCUCAACCUGUUCCUCAACCCCGGGCUGCAGGAGGCAGAGACGGUGCAGCACAUCUUCAGCAACAACUACCAGCUGUGCAGUGAGAUCUCUGAGAGCGUGCUGCAGCACUUCAUCCACUGCCUGGCCACGCAUGGCCGCCACGUCCAGUACCUCAACUUCCUGCACACCAUCAUCAAGGCGGAGGGGAAGUACGUGAAGAAGUGCCAGGACAUGAUCAUGACCGAGCUGACCAACGCGGGCGAGGACGUGGUCGUCUUCUACAACGACAAGGCUUCCUUCAACGCCAUGCUGGAGCUGAUGGCCGAGAGCAGGGAGGGCGUCGGCGAGAGCAGCCCGCUCAGGUACCACAUCUCCCUGGUGGAGCUGCUGGCCGCCUGCGCCGAGGGGAAGAACGUCUACACGGAGAUCAAAUGCACGUCGCUGCUGCCGCUGGAGGACGUGGUCCGGGUGGUGACGCACGAGGACUGCAUCACCGAGGUGAAGGUCGCCUACGUGAACUUUGUGAACCACUGCUACGUGGACACCGAGGUGGAGAUGAAGGAGAUCUACACCUCCAACCACAUCUGGAAGCUCUUUGAGGACUUCACCGUGGACAUGGCCCGGGUCUGCAAUAAACGCGAGAAGCGUCUGUCCGACCCGGUCCUGGAGAAGUACAUCAUCAACGUGGUGUUCGACACCAUCAACGCCUUCUUCAGCUCGCCCUUCUCUGAGAACAGCACGUCUCUGCAGACCCACCACACCAUCGUGAUCCAGCUGCUCCAGUCCUCCGUCCGGCUGCUGGACUGUCCCUGGCUGCAGCAGCAGCACAGAGGACAGGUGGAGACCUGCAUCAAGACGCUGUCCCUCACAGCUAAGAACCGCUCCAUCUCGCUGCCUCUGGAGCUGGAGGCCCAGAUCAACAACGUGCUGGCCAGCUCGGCUCAGAACACGCUGUCCCGCUCCAACCCCAACUACAAGUCCUCCACCCGCUCCUCCAGGCCCAUCGUCUCCAGCAACCCCUGGGACUACAAGAACAUCAUCGAGAAGCUGCAGGACAUCAUCAACACUCUGGAGGACCGCCUGAAGCCGCUGGUCAACGCGGAGCUCUCCGUGCUGGUGGACGUCCUCCAUCAGCCAGAGCUGCUCUUCCUGGAGGGGACCGACGCCCGGCAGCGCUGCGAGUCCGGAGGCUUCAUCUCCAAGCUGAUCCAGCACACCAAGGCGCUGAUGAGCUCUGAGGAGAAGCUGUGCAUCAAAGUCCUGAGGACGCUGCAGGAGAUGCUCAUCAGAACGCUGGACUUUGAUGAAAAGGGGAUGUCGCUGCGGAAAGUCCUGCUGCAGAAUUAUCUGUUUUCCAAUAAGAAGAUCAACCAGAAAAACGAGCUGGCUGAGCUGGGAGUUGCAGGAGGCGAACAGGAGCGCGACUGGGCGGCGGUGGCGGCCAUCCAGUGCCGUCUGGACCGAGAAGGAGGAACCAAGCUGUUCACGGACCUGGUGAUGAGCUCCAAGAACGACAAGAUCUUCCAGGAGAGCAUCCAGCUGGCCAUCUGUCUGCUGGAGGGAGGGAACACGGAGAUACAGAACUCCUUCUACAAGCUGAUGAUGGGCGACAACAAGUCAGAGAAGUUCUUCAAAGUUCUUCAUGACCGGAUGAAAGAAGCGCAGACGGACAUCAAAGCAACGGUUUCUGUGAACGUGGGUGAAAUGACGCACAAGGCCAGCGAGAAGGAGCUGGAGGCCGGUGGUUCUGCAACACUGGUUCUCCCUGGUUCUGGAGGUCAUCCUCUCUUGGUCCAGGGUCAGUCCAUCGCCCCGGUGUCUGGGGCCUCCGCCCUGCCGGCGCUGCCUGCAGAGGAGCAGCGGGAGGUGGAGACGGAGAUGGGACCCGCGGUUACCAUCAUGAAGCCCAUCCUGAGGUUCCUGCAGCUGCUGUGUGAGAACCACAACAAUGACCUGCAGAACUUUCUGCGGAGCCAGAACAACAAGACCAACUACAACCUGGUGUGUGAGACGCUGCAGUUCCUGGACAUCAUGUGUGGCAGCACCACCGGCGGGCUGGGCCUGCUGGGCCUCUACAUCAACGAGUCCAACGUCCACCUGAUCAUCCAGACCCUGGAGACGCUCACAGAGUACUGCCAGGGCCCCUGCCAGGAGAACCAGACCUGCAUCGUGACCCACGAGUCCAACGGCAUCGACAUCAUCACGGCUCUGAUCCUCAACGACAUCAGCCCGCUGUGUCGCUACCGCAUGGAGAUGGUUCUGCAGCUGAAGGACAACGCGUCCAAACUGCUGCUGGCGCUGAUGGAGAGCCGCCAUGACAACGAGAACGCUGAGAGGAUCCUGUUCAACCUGCGGCCCAGAGAACUGGUGGACGAGAUAAAGAAGGCCUACCACCAGGACAGCGAGUGUGAGGACGUGGAGGUGGAGGUGUCUCCUCGGGAGGUGGGACACAACAUCUACAUCCUGGCUCAGCAGCUGGCGAGACACAACAAGGUUCUGCAGAACCUCCUGAAGCCCCCGAAGAACGGCAAGGAGGGAGAGGAGGGCAUCUCCUCCAUGCUGAACCUCAACAACCGUCCUCUGUCUCAGAUGUUGAAGUCCACAGCUCCAGCUGAGGUGGUGGAUCAGGAUCCUCUGGAGUACUACGACCAGCUCACUGCUCAGAUAGAGAUUGUUCGUGAGGACCGCAGCAUGGAGCAGAUCGUGUUUCCCGUCCAUCCCAUCUGUGAGUUUCUCACCGAGGAGUCCAAGGUGCGGGUUUUCAACACCACGGAGCAGGACGAGCAGGGUUCCAAGGUCACGCACUUCUUCGAGCAGACGUCCUUUCUGCACGGGGAGAUGGAGUGGCAGAAGAAGCUGAGGAGUAUGCCCGUUCUCUACUGGUUCUCCAGGAGGAUGACUCUCUGGGGGACCAUCUCCUUCAACCUCGCCGUCUUCAUCAACCUCAUCAUCGCCUUUUUCUACCCCUACGACUCCGGCCAGGGAGCCAUCGAUGACUCCAUGCUGCUGAUGCUGUUCUGGAUCCUGACCGGACUCUCCGUCCUGGGCCUGGUCUCCAAGCAGUACGGCCUGCAGCCGCUCACGCUGGCGCUGAUCCUCCGGUCCAUCUACCAUCUGGGCAUCGGCAACACGCUCAUCCUGCUCGGGUCGCUCAACCUGAUCAAUAAGGUGGUGUACGUGGUGAGCUUCGUGGGGAACAACGGGACCUUCAUCAUGGGCUACAAAGCCAUGGUGAUGGACGUGGAGUUCCUCUACCACCUGGCCUACGUCCUCACCUCCACGCUGGGACUCUUUGUCCAUGAGCUCUUCUACAGCAUCCUGCUCUUUGACCUGAUCUACCGGGAGGAGACCCUCUUCAACGUGAUCAAGAGCGUGACCCGCAACGGCCGCUCCAUCCUGCUGACGGCGCUGCUCGCCCUCAUCCUCGUCUACCUCUUCUCCAUCCUGGGCUUCCUCUUCCUGAAGGAGGACUUCAUCAUGGAGGUGGACCCUCUGCUGCAGAUCUCUGCAGAUCCGCAGCAGACCGAAGCCUCGCAGGAUUUCCUCAAGUCGUGCUCAGCAGACGGAGUCAGCUGCACGGAUGAGACCAGGGUGGAAACGGUGGCUGAGGAGGAAGAGGAGCCCAACACGGAGCGGGCCUGCGACACGCUGCUCAUGUGCAUCGUCACCGUCCUGAACCACGGGCUGAGGAACGGCGGGGGAGUGGGGGACGUCCUCCGCAAGCCGUCCAAGAACGAGCCGCUGUUUCCGGCCCGCGUCGUCUACGACCUGCUCUUCUACUUCAUCGUCAUCAUCAUCGUCCUCAACCUGAUCUUCGGCGUCAUCAUCGACACCUUCGCCGACCUGAGGAGCGAGAAGCAGAAGAAGGAGGAGAUCCUGAAGACCACGUGUUUCAUCUGCGGUCUGGAGCGGGACAAGUUUGACAACAAGACGGUGUCGUUUGAGGAGCACAUCAAGCUGGAGCACAACAUCUGGAACUACCUGUACUUCAUCGUCCUGGUCCGGGAGAAGAACAAGACGGACUACACGGGACCGGAGAGCUACGUGGCCCACAUGAUCAAGAACAACAACCUGGACUGGUUCCCGCGGAUGCAGGCCAUGUCCCUGGUGGUGACGGACGGCGACGGCGAGCAGAACGAGAUGCGGAUGCUGCAGGACAAGCUGGGCUCCACCAUGAAGGUGGUGAUCACGCUGACGGGGCAGCUCAACGAGCUCAAGGAGCAGAUGACGGAGCAGAGGAAGAGGAGGCAGAGGAUGGGAUUCGCCGACAUCCAGGCCGGGGGGAGCGGCGCCCUGCCGCCGACCGCCGCCGGAGGAAACCAUCAGAUCUACAAGCCCUGAUGAACCCGACCGGCGUCCAGCUGGACUGAUGCUGGACUGAACCUGCAGCCGAUCCACACCGAUCUGUUCCUCAAUCUCUGCCGUCACUCUCACACCAAGUGGUUAGAGAGACGUUGUCCGAGUCCAACGCUGCGUUUCUCAUGUUUCUGCUGUUCUGGUGCACAAGAACUCCUACAAAUCAGCUCAAUAACUUAGCAUAAAACCUGCUGAGUCAUCAUGAAACCUGCUGAGUCGUCAUAAAAUGCUGCUGAGUCGUCAUAAAAUCUUGCUGAGUCGCCAUAAAAACCUGCUGAGUCAUCAUGAAACCUGCUGAGUCGUCAUGAAACCCGCUGAGUCGUCAUAAAACUCGCUGAGUCGUCAUAAAACCUGCUGCGUCGUCAUAAAAACCUGCUGAGUCGCCAUAAAAACCUGCUGAGUCGUCAUAAAAUCCUGCUGAGUCGUCAGGAAACUUGCUGAGUCGCCAUAAAAACUUGCUGAGUCGUCAUAAAACCCGCUGAGUCGUCUGUUUUUGUGUGUAAAUACCUUUUAGCAGCUAAGAGGAUCUGCAGCUUAUGGUUCCCGUGCCAUAUAAAUUAUUCAGAAGCGUUAAAAGGAUCUUCAGGAAGCUGGAGAUCCGGUUUGUAAAACACUGAGUUCAGUUUCUAGCAGCUUUGUGUAGAAGAAGAGUGAAAAUCACUACAUUUUAAAAGGCAAGCUUUUUAAAGCAGAGAAGGAAACAUUUUUCCAUGAAUUUUGUGUGGAUUUUGCUAAAUUACCUGAAUUGUUAUUAUGUGAAGAAAAUGUUCUUAUUUUAAAGGGAAGUUGUGGCUGAGAAAGAAAAAUGUUUCAGACGAUCAGAUCAUGUUCUAAUAGUGUAAAAAGUUUUCUUUCCUCAAAUAAAACUGUUGCUCA